AUGCAAAGAUGGGCCAUCAUAUUAGGUGGAUAUCAGUAUGAUAUCGAGUAUGUACAUACAUCAAAGAAUGGAGCGGACGCCCUGUUGCGGUUACCACCGCACAGACCGGCCAGUCAGUCACAACAGCAGGAAGAAGUAACAUAUUUAAAUUUAGUACAGGAUUUCAUACCAAUUACCAGUCAAGAGGUGAGGAAAGCAACAGAAAAGGAUACAGUUUUAAGACAAGUUUUAACAAAUAUUAAGGCUGGUUGGUCAUUAUAUUGUCAACAGGAUGAAUUGAAAUCGUUUUUUGCGCGUAGGCAGGAGCUGUAUGUAGAAGGCGGUUGCAUCAUGUGGGGCUAUCGUAUGAUUAUUCCACAAACAUUGAGAUCAACUAUAUUGAAGGAACUGCACAGCAGCCAUCAGGUAGUCAAAAUGAAAAGUGAGGCGCGAAGCUUCGUCUGGUGGCCGCAUAUUGACCGGGAUAUAGAAGUCAGUCAAUUGUGUAUGAUUUGUGCAGCAGAGGGCUCAGCACCUCCACGAGUAACAUCUCAGCCUUGGCCAUACUGUUCGGAGCCUUGGUCUAGACUCCAUAUGGACUUUUUGGGCCCCUAUGAAGGCAAAACCUUUUUUGUUCUGAUUGACUCCACAACGAAAUGGAUCGAAGCUUUUUUGAUGGCUAGGACAACGGCAUCCGCAGUUAUCAAGGUAUUGCGAGAGACUUUUGCCAGGUUUGGAUUGCUAAAAGAAGUCGUCUCUGAUAACGGCCCGCCGUUCGCAAGUCAAGAGAUGGAUUAUUUCAUGAAAUUAAAUGGAAUACUACAUACCUUUACAGCACCAUACCAUCCAGCAUCGAAUGGAGCCGCGGAAGGGGUAGUCAAAUUAUGUAAGAAAACUAUUAAAAAGGCGAUCAGAGAAAAGAAAGACGUAGAGGAAACGUUGCAAGCUCCAGAUUUUCAUGAGCAAUUGUGUCGUAUACGUGUCCCUAAAAGUAAUAAUCUUCGCCCACGAAAAAAUAAACUUUUCGUGGUCCCGUUACCUGAGCAAUGGCACCUAUAA